AUGGACGACCACCUCAGCCUCCUUCAGUCGCCUCCGCCUUCCUCCACCAAGCACAGGGGCAACAACCUGGUCAACCACGGCUACACCGAAACUGAACAAGACAUCAUGACAAUUGUUGCUUGCGACAACAUGUUGGAAGAGUCGGCGGCGCUGCCUGGCCACCAUUCGCUGGAGCGCUAUGAGCCGGACCAUGAGUGCUGUGAGAGAGUAGUGAUCAAUAUCUCCGGUUUGCGCUUUGAAACACAGCUUAAAACACUCUCACAGUUUCCGGAGACUUUACUCGGAGACCCCAAAAAGAGAAUGCGCUACUUUGACCCGUUGAGAAACGAGUAUUUCUUUGACAGGAAUCGACCGAGCUUCGAUGCGAUUCUUUAUUACUAUCAGUCAGGCGGGCGAAUAAGGAGACCCGUUAAUGUUCCCAUUGAUAUUUUCUCCGAGGAGAUCCGUUUUUAUGAACUAGGCGAAGAAGCCAUGGAGAAAUUCAGAGAAGACGAGGGUUUUAUCAAGGAAGAGGAGCGUCCCUUACCCACGAAUGAAUUUCAGAGGCAGGUGUGGCUUUUGUUUGAGUACCCAGAGAGUUCUGGUCCGGCCAGGGGCAUUGCUAUCGUCUCAGUAUUGGUCAUUUUAAUUUCUAUUGUGAUUUUUUGUCUAGAGACGUUACCCGAAUUUCGGGAUGACAGAGACCCCACCACAGUGGCUCCUAUUAUAAACGGAACUGCUCCAUACCUCACAAGCCCUUUCUCUGAUCCCUUUUUUGUGGUUGAGACACUUUGUAUAAUUUGGUUUUCCUUUGAACUUCUUGUCAGGUUCUUUGCGUGUCCAAGUAAAGCCACUUUCUCAAAAAACAUUAUGAACAUUAUCGACAUUGUGGCGAUCAUACCAUACUUUAUCACACUUGGAACAGAGCUCGCAGAGAGACAAGGCAACGGACAACAGGCAAUGUCCUUGGCCAUUCUCCGUGUGAUUCGGUUGGUGCGGGUGUUUCGUAUUUUCAAGCUGUCACGACAUUCAAAAGGGCUUCAGAUUUUGGGUCAGACUCUUAAAGCCAGUAUGAGGGAACUCGGAUUGUUAAUAUUCUUCCUCUUCAUCGGCGUAAUACUGUUUUCCAGUGCUGUUUAUUUUGCCGAGGCUGACGACCCAGAAUCAGGCUUCAACAGCAUCCCCGACGCGUUUUGGUGGGCUGUUGUCACCAUGACGACCGUGGGUUACGGAGACAUGCACCCGGUCACCAUAGGGGGCAAAAUUGUUGGGUCUUUGUGUGCGAUUGCGGGCGUGCUAACCAUCGCCCUGCCCGUCCCCGUAAUUGUGUCUAAUUUCAACUACUUUUACCACAGAGAGACCGAAGGAGAAGAGCAGGCCCAGUACUUACAUGUGGGCAGCUGUCAACCGUUGUCCUCUACGGAGGAACUCAAAAAGGCUCGUAGUACCUCAUCUCUGAGCAAGUCGGAGUACAUGGUGAUUGAAGAAGGCAUCAACAGCGCUUUCAAACAGCCCAGUUUCCCCGCUCAGAACAGUCAAAACUGCGUGAACAUCAAAAAAGUGUUCACGGACGUGUAG